CCACGCGCGAAUGACGUUCGUAGGUAACCCCCCAGAUCAGGGAAAAUUGAGAGAAUCUAUUUAUAAAUCUCUCAUAGAGAUUAAUUGUACCGUCAAAGUGCACCGUCGCAGCCUCUAAAAGAGCCGCCAUCUACGAGUAUCAGUAAAUAUUCUUCUCAUUGUCAGGAGUUGUCAGCAAAAGUCAAAGUUCUAAUUCUUGACGGAUUGCGCUGCAACACAGUGCAAUGUGUCAUGCGAUGAUAUGCGUGCGAUAUUAGCGGUAGACGAAGUUGCAACGGGGUUCUGAACUUCUGAUGUUGCGGGUAUUGCACUUAUGGAGGACUAUUGCGCUGUUUGUGUGCCCAAGCAUCUGCUUAUAUCACGCACUUCGUAUCACAUAGCACGUGCUUUCCAGAUAGGAUAUUUUUAUUCGGUGGGAAUAUUGUUUCUCAAGACUCCAUGAGAUAUUGAGCAAUCAACAAACCAUUUGAACUUCUAACUACCACCAGUUAGGACUGCGAAGUGAACCACUGGUUGUUGAGCAUUCACAUCAGACCUCGUGUCAGACAAUGGCUCUCGAAACUCUUGAAGUAAAAGGUAAAAUUAUAAAGAUACUGGACGGUGGUUUUUCGACGCAACUUUCCGUCCACGUAGGUGACAAAGUGGAUGGGGACCCACUGUGGUCAGCAAGGUUUCUAGCUACUAAUCCCAGCGCUGUUUUGGCAACUCAUCUCGACUUUUUACGAGCUGGUUCGGAUAUCAUACAAACAAAUACUUAUCAAGCAUCAGUUGGUGGCUUUAUGGAACACCUUGGAACCACUGCAGAAGAAAGUUUGAAAUUAAUCGCAAGCGCGGUAGAACUUGCCAAGGAAGCUGUGAGAAUUUAUUCCACUGAGAAAGAGGGUGUUAAAAUACUCAUUGCAGGAUCCCUUGGUCCCUACGGAGCUGCACAACAUAAUGGUUCAGAAUAUACAGGAGCCUAUGAUAAAUUUUUAACAAAAAAAAUCAUUAAAGAUUGGCACAGACCUCGUUUGGAAACUUUAAUCAAUGGCGGCGUAGACCUACUCGCUGUAGAAACCAUACCAAGCAAAACUGAAGCUGAAGGUUUAGUCGAAUUACUGCAAGAUUAUCCUCAAGCAAAAGCCUGGUUAUCGUUUUCUUGUCUCCAAGAUGGAAAAAGUUUGGCUGAUGGAAGUAGUUUGAAAGAAAUAGUUGAAAAGUGCUUGAGUAUUGCGUUACCUGGUCAGAUAAUAGCAGUUGGAGUGAAUUGUAUUGCUCCACGUUGCGUUGCCGCAUUGCUUGAACAAAUCAAAGAGAGGGGUGGAACUAGUGUCCCAUUGAUCGUCUAUCCUAACAGCGGAGAACAAUAUGUUGUUAGCGAAGGAUGGUGUCCAGGAGACUCUCGCGAUCCCUUGGAGGAUUUUAUAACAGAUUGGCUAGAUAUUGGGGUUCGAUACAUAGGUGGUUGUUGUCGCACCUAUGCGAAAGACAUAACAAAAAUUCGGGAUAUCGUUGAGCUUUGGGAAAUGGCUAAUUUGAAUAAUUUGGCCAAGAAUUUAGAGCAUUCGAAAAUUCCGAACGAAUAAAUUUGAACUGCACAACAGAAAAAUAAGAAACAAAAAUUAUUCCCAGAAUUAACAUGCUGAGAGACUAUAAUGCAUAUGACUUUGCUUCCUCAAUUUAUCGUAAACUUUGCUGCAAAUUAUAGUUGUUUUUUUCGAGGAAGAAUAUUUUAUGAUUACAUCAAUACAAGAUGCAUCAGUGAGUGUAGGGUGGUAGUUUCAUAUCAUGAGAUUGAAUUACUGGCAUUUUAUACGAUAACUUGUAACAUAGCUCUAAAGGCUGUAUAUUACAAUAGUAAUUUGAAACUGUUAGAGAUGAAUUAAAACUUGUGCAAAGUCUCAAUUUAUAAUAAAAUACGCUGAGACCUUAUCUGUGCCUGCCUUUUAUUGCUAAUCAAUGGAUUGAGACUGAUUUUUUUUCUCAAAGCUUCUAUUUUACAUAAGGAGAUUAACAAAAAAAUUGUCAAAUCAUAAUUACAUCGAAAAACAGAUUUAUCUAACCACGUAAUCAUAAUGUGACUAUUGUAAUGAUAAAGCUUGGAAUUUUGUCGAAAAUGUACGAUGCCCAAAAAUUUUGGAAAUAAAAAUUAUGUGUAAAUAAAA